UCCAUAACCAUUUCUGUCUGUCGCUCUCACUUACUCACUCGUAUAUUCAUAUUCGUAUAAACCCCGAUUCAACCCCGAUUUGUUUUUUCUCUCCUCCCAUGGCGAAAAUUGAUCUUCCUCUGUAGCCCCAAUAAUAAUCUAAUUUCUCGAAGCAGAAAAUCAGAUAAAAAUCCUAUCUUUCAUUUCUACUGCUCAUAAAAUGGGGGGCAAAAUAGAAGCGGCCACCGUCAACGGCACUGCAAAAUCUGGAUCCGCACAAUCUCUGAAUAAUUUCAAGUCAGAUCUGUUUAAUACAUUCUCUCUUAAGUCUCUCAAGCUCAAAACUAAGCAACAGGAGCUCUUGAUCCGAGUCUCAAUUCUCUGUCUCGUUUACGUUUUAGCUUUCAUUACCCGUUUGUUUAGUGUUCUUCGUUAUGAGUCUAUGAUUCAUGAAUUCGAUCCUUACUUCAAUUAUCGAACCACUCUUUUCCUUACCCAAAAAGGAUUUUAUGAAUUCUGGAAUUGGUUCGAUUCUGAAAGUUGGUACCCUUUGGGUCGUAUUAUUGGUGGCACUCUAUACCCUGGUCUUAUGGUCACUGCUGCUGUCAUAUACUGGACUCUUCGAAUCCUGCGCUUUGCCGUUCAUAUACGCGAGGUCUGUGUCUUGACUGCUCCUUUCUUUGCCUCUAACACUACCCUUGUCGCCUAUUUCUUUGGUAAAGAGAUUUGGGACUCUGGUGCUGGUCUUGUUGCUGCUGCUCUGAUUGCCAUUUGUCCUGGAUACAUUUCUCGAUCUGUGGCUGGCUCGUAUGAUAAUGAAGGGGUUGCCAUUUUUGCUCUCUUGUUAACAUUUUACUUGUUUGUUAAGGCUGUUAACACAGGGUCUCUUGCUUGGGCAUUGGCUUCUGCUUUUGGGUAUUUCUAUAUGGUUUCUGCCUGGGGAGGUUAUGUGUUUAUCAUUAAUUUGAUCCCUCUUUAUGUAAUGGUGCUGUUAAUUACUGGGAGGUACUCUCUCAGAUUGUAUGUUGCAUAUAAUUGCACGUAUGUGUUGGGAAUGUUGCUUGCUAUGCAGAUUCGGUUUGUGGGUUUCCAACAUGUGCAGUCUGGAGAGCAUAUGGCUGCAAUGGGGGUCUUCUUCUUGAUGCAGGUAUUUUAUUUCUUAGAUUGGGUUAAGCACUUGCUAAAUGAUGCUAAGCAAUUUCAAGCCUUUUUGAGAAUCACAGUGACCUUCACAGUUGGUGUUGGUGCUAUUGCUCUUGGAGUUGGCACAGCAUCUGGCUACAUUUCUCCAUGGACAGGCCGGUUUUACUCUCUCCUGGACCCUACAUAUGCUAAGGAUCACAUCCCCAUUAUUGCAUCUGUCUCUGAGCAUCAGCCAACUGCUUGGUCAUCUUUCAUGUUUGAUUUUCAUAUUCUGCUUUUCUUUUUCCCUGCUGGUCUUUAUUUCUGCUUCAAGCGACUAUCAGAUGCUACAAUAUUUAUAGUUAUGUAUGGUCUCACUAGCAUGUAUUUUGCGGGUGUAAUGGUUCGGUUGAUUCUUGUGGCCACACCUGCUGUGUGCCUUAUUAGUGCUAUUGCUGUUUCUGCUACCAUAAAGAAUUUGACAUUAUUGCUGAGGGCAAAGAACAAAGUUGCCCAAACUAGUUCCACUAAAGGCGGUAGCAGUGCAAAAGCUUCUUCUAAGGCUUUGCUUGAUCAAUCUCAGCCUUUCCAAAAAAAUGGUGCUAUCGCAUUGCUUCUUGGUGCAUUUUACUUGCUCAGUAAGUAUGCAACUCACUGCACCUGGGUGACUUCAGAGGCAUACUCGUCUCCCUCAAUUGUCUUGGCGGCAAGAGGUGCCCAUGGCAACAGGGUCAUCUUUGAUGAUUACCGUGAAGCAUAUUAUUGGUUACGGCAAAACACACCUCCAGAUGCUAAGGUGAUGUCAUGGUGGGAUUAUGGGUAUCAAAUUACUGCCAUGGGAAACAGAACUGUUAUUGUUGACAAUAAUACCUGGAACAAUACACACAUUGCCACUGUUGGACGUGCAAUGUCAUCUUAUGAGGACGAGGCAUAUGAGAUAAUGAGAUCACUUGAUGUGGAUUAUGUAUUAGUUGUCUUUGGUGGUGUCACAGGUUAUUCUUCUGACGACAUCAAUAAGUUUUUGUGGAUGGUAAGAAUUGGAGGCGGAGUAUUCCCUGUUAUCAAGGAACCUGAUUAUCUUGUCAAUGGUGAAUAUCGUGUUGACAAAGGUGCAGCUCCUAAAAUGUUGAAUUGUCUCAUGUACAAGCUAUCCUACUAUCGAUUUGGAGAGCUGGUAACAGAAUAUGGCAGGCCUUCAGGCUAUGAUCGAGCAAGGGGUGUGGAAAUUGGAAACAAGGACAUUAAGCUUGAAUACUUGGAAGAGGCAUUCACAACAUCUAAUUGGAUUGUCCGCAUUUACAAGGUUAAACCCCCAAAUAAUAGGUGGUAAGAUCUCUGUCUGGAGGACACAAAGGAAUCUCGUAAUUGAUCCACGGGAACUUGAAUCUUGCAAUAUAGAGUUGGCAUUAGAAGAAGCAGUAUUUGCUUAGAGAAUGAGCUUGUAACCUCCAGGCGCUUGAGUUUUCUGGACCCCAUUUUUGGAGUUUUUGUAACCGCCCCUUCACCUCAGUAGUGGUUGGUAGACACAUUAGAUCCUUGACUGCCUAGUAUUCUGUGUAACGAACGAGCUUGGUGGAAUUCAUAGAUCUUUUUACUUUUUUGAGGACUGAGAAAAGGGAAAAUUGAACUGUGGUAAAGGUUUAUGCUCGGAUUAUAUAUGCACUUAUCUCUAGACUAUACCUAUAUGUGUGCUGUUUAUAGAUACAUAGGUGAUAAGGUUUUGUUUUCUUGGUCUCUCAACGUAAGCUUGGACCAGCAGGCUAUGGCAUUUAGCAUGCCUUCUUAUUCAAUGAAUAUUGUUACCGUCA